GCCCAGCUGGACAGACCCGCCGCUGCUCUGGCGGCUGCCGCCGACGCCGAGGCCGCCGACGCCGAGGCCGUCGACGCAGUGGCCGCCGCAGCCGACUCCGGCGAGCAUGCCGGCGUCGAGGCCGCCAGCGGCGAGGCCGCCAGCGGCGAGGCCGCCGACGGCGAGGCC